AUGUCUAAAUCCAAGGCGGAGGCCAAGGCGGAACGCGCCGCUGCGCUCCGUAAGGAUGUCGACUUCGUCGAACACACGUGGGAGGCGGAUAAAUUGUACGAGCACUUUGGGUGCACGCUCGAAAAGGGUCUGAGCGCGGAACAAGUGCUCGUGAACCGGGCCAAGUAUGGCGAGAAUCGCCUGACGCCGCCCGAGUUGACGCCGUGGUACAUCAAAUUCUUGAUGCAGUUCGCGAACUUCUUCGCGCUCUUGCUUCUCGGUGGUGGUGCCCUUUGCUUCGUUGGUUACGGCAUCGAUACUGAGAAGGAUGCAACCAAUCUCUACCUCGGUGUCGUCCUCUUCACAGUCGUCAUCAUCACGGCGACGUUCUCCUACUUGCAAGAGGCCAAGUCCGAAGCCAUCAUGGAGGGUUUCAAAAACAUGAUCCCGAAGAAGUGUAAGGUUAUCCGCGACGGUAAGGCUGUCGUUCUCGAUGCCUGGGAACUCGUUCCGGGUGAUGUCGUCGAACUCAACGAUGGUGAUCAAGUCCCGGCGGAUAUUCGCGUCAUGAAGUCCAACGAACUCAAGGUUGACAACUCUUCGUUAACCGGUGAAUCCGAGCCGCAAGAUCGCUCCCCGGAGCUCGCGCGCACCGCCACCGGUGAACUCGUUACUCAGCCGCUCGAGUCCGUCAACUUGUGCUUCUACACGACCAUCAUCAACUCUGGCUCUGGUCGCGGCGUCGUCAUCGGUAGCGGCGACCGCACCGUUAUGGGCCAAAUCGCUGGUCUUGCCACAGAAACCAGCUCCGAGGACUCUCCGAUCGCCAAGGAGAUCAAGAAGUUCAUUCAGCUCAUUUCCAUCGUCGCCAUCACCCUCGGUGUUGUUUUCUUCAUUGUCGGUCUCACCAACGGCACUGAGAUCAUCCAAAACGUCGUCUUCAUGAUCGGUAUCAUCGUCGCCAACGUGCCGGAAGGUCUUCUCGCCACAGUGACCGUGUCUUUGGCCCUCACCGCGAAGCGCAUGCACGCCAAGAACGUGCUCGUGAAGAACCUCGAGGCUGUCGAGACUCUCGGUUCGACAACCGUAAUUGCUUCAGACAAGACGGGUACGCUCACGCAAAACCGCAUGACCGUGGUGCACGCAUGGUACGACAACGAAGUUGUCUUCUGCCCGGCUGGUAAAAAUAUUCCGGAUCUCAAGGUUAUCUCUGAGCCCGGUAUGACCGCCGACGGCGAGAAAUUCUACGACACCAAGUCUGAGGCGUUCCAACGACUUCUUCAAGUUGCCACGUUGUGUAACAACGCUGAGUACUUGACGAAGAACGAAGACGGUUCGUACAUCGACCUCAAGGCUGAGAUGAUGAAUCCGACGUUCAAUAUCCUCAAGCAGCCGGCCUCCGGUGACGCGUCUGAACAAGGCUUGCUCAAGCUCGUUCAACCGCUCAACGAUGCCCUUGAAACGCGCGCCGCGUACCCGAAGUUGUUCGAAAUCAAGUUCAACUCGACGAACAAGUGGCAGCUCUCCAUCCACAAGCAACCGGGCGGCAAACCGCCGCUUCUCGUGCUCAAGGGCGCGCCGGAGCGCGUGUUGGCCAAGUGCACGUCUUAUUUCGCCAACGGUAAGACGUCUUCCAAGACGUCUGACUUUGAGAACACGUACACCACCGCGUACGAAGGCCUCGGCGGGCGCGGUGAGCGCGUUCUCGGCUUCGCCUUCAAGGAACUGAGCGGCUUCAAGGAUGACUUCAAAUUCACCGCCAAGCCCAAGCCGAAUUUUCCGAUCGACGACCUCACGUUCGUCGGUCUGCUGUCUCUCAUCGAUCCGCCUCGCGAAGGUGUUCCGGAAGCCGUGACCAAGUGUAACCGCGCUCGCAUCAAGGUUUACAUGGUCACUGGUGAUCACCCGAUCACAGCGGCUGCCAUCGCCAAGCAAGUGAAUAUUAUUACCCAAGAAAAUCUCGACAAUGGUAGCGCUAUCGUCGUUAAGGGUGAUGACAUUCGCGCUUGGACCGAGAUUGAAGACCAAGUUGAACAACGCAAGAAGUGGGACUGGGCUCUCGAUCACAAGCAAAUCGUCUGGGCUCGUGUGUCUCCGGCGCACAAGCUUUUGAUUGUCGAAAACUGUCAACGCCGAGGUGAAAUCGUUGCCGUCACCGGUGACGGUGUGAACGACGCUCCAGCUCUCAAGAAGGGAGACAUCGGCGUUGCGAUGGGUAUCGCUGGUAAGGAUGUCUCGAAGGAAGCCGCCGACAUGAUCCUGAUGGACGACAACUUUGCCUCCAUCGUCAACGGCGUCGAAGAAGGACGUCUCAUCUUCGAUAACCUUAAGAAGUCGAUUGCGUACACGCUCUCUUCCAACAUUCCGGAAAUCGCUCCGUUCUUGAUCUACAUCACGAUGAAGAUUCCGUUGCCGCUCAGCACGGUGCUCAUUUUGUGCGUCGAUCUCGGCACCGACAUGGUUCCGGCCAUCUCCAUGGCGUAUGAAGAAAAGGAAGCCGACAUCAUGGACCGUCCGCCGCGUGACUCGAAGAAGGAUCGUCUCGUCAACUUCCGAUUGAUUUCAUUCGCCUACUUCCAGAUUGGUAUAAUUCAGGCGCUCGCCGGUUUCUUCACCUACAUGCUCGUCCUCAACGACUACGGGUACACGCCGUCCAUCUUGGUCGGCAACGGCUUGGAGUUCCUUGACAGCCAACUUCUCUGCACCCUCACGAGCGAGACCGCUGUCGAUUCAAGCACUGGGAACCAAUACUUCCGACCGAAAAAGUGCGGUUUCGGCUGCGCCGACAGCAAAGAGGGACCCAUGAAGGACGUGUGCGUUGGCGGAUGCGCCAUCCCGCGCGCCUACGUGCCGGGUAACCCUCUCACUUCCGCACACGGAACGGCCUCGGCGUUCCUAGCCAGCGACAGUAACUUCGCUGUUGAUCCUUUCAUUGAGUUCGAUGAGAAUGGAUUCCGCGGUGAGGGCUACACGUGCAACCGUGGCUGCUCGUCCCGCGCGGACAACUCGGCCUCCAUCUCCACCGUGGAAAGCACCGCGUUCGCCUACAUGUGCGACGCCGGUGGACACGCAAAUGCGAACAGCACCUGGGGUUUCUCUCGUGGAUACGUCGACGGCCGUUCGAUCGCGCCGAAGGGUGCGUACUACUGGUGGAACGGCGCUCCUCAAUCGCUUCCGAACAUGGACUACCAAAAGGCCGCGCUCGAGUACGCGCAAACGGCGUACUUCAUCACGAUCAUCAUCGUCCAGUGGGCCGAUUUGUUAAUCGCGAAGACGCGUAAGUUGUCCAUCUUCGAACAAGGUAUGGGCAAUGACUUCAUGAACUUUGGUCUCAUCUUCGAGACCGUUCUCGGCGCGACGCUGUGCUACACUCCGUUUGCCAACAAGGUGUUCGGCACGCGUCCGUUGCACAUUCUGCACUGGUUUGCCGGCGUCCCGUGGUCCAUUCUCAUCUUCGUCUACGACGAGCUUCGCAAGGCGUUCAUUCGUCGCAACCCGAAGGGCUGGCUCGACCGCUGGACGUAUUGGUAA